AUGUUUUCGAAAGUUAUCAUCGCUAUUGCAAUACUCUGUGUAGUGGUUGCUAGUGCCAACUCUCCAGAAGUCGAGUUCUCUCCGGAAGACGUUAAAAAUGCGCUUAUUUUGGAAGGAUUAUCGAACUCUGAUGCAGCCGAAUUCACUGAGUUUUUGUACAAGGAUCGCUCUGAUGAUAUCACUGCAAUAGAAUUGAAGACAGAGUUUCGACAAUUUUUAGAGAAAUUGAGUUUGGAGGAUAAACUCUCUAUCAAGAGAAUCAUCAGCAGAGAACUCGAGCGGUUUUUUCACGGCAAUGGAUUCAUUAAUGGAGAGAAUCCUCUAGAGAAUCAUUCAUUUUUUCUUGUUUGA